AGUAAAGCUAAUUUUAUCUCACAUGGAUUGUGCCGCCCAGACUGGCCCUCGCUACCGGGUUUCCGGAGGGCAAGUGGAUCGCGGACAACGCGCAUCCCUCAUCUCCGCGGCUCGUCUGGCCAGUAACAGGGGUUGCUGAUGAAUAACAACAACUGCAGCCCUGCUCCACUGCAAAUUUACCUGACGCCUGGAAUUCCCGGCAUGACCUGGAUCUGGGUCGCCCUCCCGUGUCAUGGCACCAAGAUCUGCAACGAUUUACUCUUCAUGGCUGCGGUGCCCAACUCUAACGGGGCCUCCUGCUCUUUCGAGUCUAGCUCUCGAACGCUGUCGAAUACCGCCUCGGCUCACAGCUCCAGAUUUGUGGGGCAGGGGAUUUUUGGCAGCUGCUCCUACCGAGGGAACUCCCUUAUAUACGGGCCCCCUGCCCAUCUCCACCGCCGUGACAUUUCCGUGAUGAGUUUCACUUGCUUUGCUCGCCAGGAUGCCUGCUGGUGACGAAGAUCGCUCGGUAGAGGUUACGGCGGUCGCUGCGGUGUUCAUGUCCGUGGCGACCGUGGCGGUCCUCCUGCGGUGCUAUGUGCGAGGGUUCUUGAUCAAGGCGUUUGGCUGGGAUGAUGCGGUGAUGGUCCUUGCGAUGGCGUUCUAUCUGAUGUUUUCGGGGUGUAUGAUCGGCGGCGCCAUCUACGGAACCGGACGCAAAUUCGCCGUCUUGACCGCGCACGAACGAGUAACAGCAAUGAAGUACUGGUGGCUCUGCGAAAUCGCCUACUGCUUCGCCUCGAUCGGAUGCAAAGUCUCCGUGUGCAUCUUCCUCAUGCGCAUCACCGUCAAGCGCCUCCACAUCUGGCUCCUCUGCGCCGUCAUGGCUUUCACAGUGCUCACGGGCCUGCUGUUCAUGUUCAUCAUGCUGCUGCAGUGCAAGCCACUCGAGUACUUUUGGACGCGGACUGCGCUCGAUCCGACGAUUGAGGGACACUGCAUCAGUAUCGAGAUUGUCAUCACCAUGACCUAUGUGUACAGUGCGUUUGCGGCGCUGUGUGAUUUUACAGUGGGCAUUCUGCCGAUAUUUAUUGUGCGGAAAUUGCAUAUGCGACGCAAGACCAAGAUGGCUGUUGUGGGAAUUUUGGGCAUGGCGUGCAUUGCCUCCUCCGCCGUCAUCGUCCGCUUCCCCUACGUCAAAACAUUCCGAGACCCUGACUUUCUCUAUGCAACCGUCGAGAUCGCAAUCUGGUCCAACAUCGAAGCCGGGCUAGGCAUCACAGCCGGAAGUCUCGCGACCCUCCGCCCCCUCCUCCGCCACUGGCUCGGCUCGACCACCUCCGACGGCGACUACAACAACGCGUCUCCCUUCCCCGGUCGGUCCGGGUCGAAGCGACUGGCUAGCGGGACGCGGGAUCGCGAUCGCAACCGGGCGUUUCCGCUGGGUUCGUUGGAUAAUUCGAGUUUGCAGGGACGGCUGAGACCGGAUAAGGCGGUUACGGUUACGACGGUGCAUACGAGGCAUGAUCAUGAUGAGGGGAGUGGGGAGGGGUGGGGAGGGGGGAGUGUGAGUAGUAGCGAGGAGCGGUUGACGCUGGAACGCGAGAGGCAUGGGGGUCGGGGCGUGGAUGCAAGUUCGAAUUCGGGGAUGGGCAUGGGGCUCGGGAUCCAUCAGAUGAUUGAAGUUACGCAGACGUCGUCGGAUGUGCAGUCGACGAGUGUCAAGGAGCAUGUGUGAUUUCGUAUGGAGAUAAUACACGGUAGAUACAAGACAAAGGUAUAUCCUUGAGUGGCUGUAGAGAUGAUUGGAGAACACGGACGCCACCAGGGCAUGUCUCAGAUCUUGUGUUCUAGUUCCCCUGCACUCCGCACGUGGGACCCCGACUCAGCCCACAUUCCGUGGGUGAGACAUCCGUGUACUCGGGCCAGAAGGAUCAUCAACAGUGCAUGCUGUGGCGUUUUCUAAUUUCCACCUCAGGCCAAAGGGAACAUCCUCACGCUUUGUGCCUCCCUUUGUACCAAACGUGAUGUCUGAAUAUAGUAACGUCCAUAUGCUGCUUGGUAUUUUAUGGGGCAAUGAGAAAGACUAUAUAUAUUCCACUGUAUUAGCGAG